CACCUUUGCCUCUCUCGCUCACCACGGACCCAAAUUGACUUACUGCCAGAAGAUAAUCGGCGACCAAUCUCGACCUCGACCUCGCAUCGUUGUCACUGCCAUACCACCUUCAACCAUACACAGGUUACAGCCUAGACAUUCAGCUAGGGCUCUAUCAAUCCCCACUCGUCGUCGCCCUCAACGGUACAAAAGAAAGCACAUACAAGAGCCAACCUCAGACAUGUCGGAAUCAACAUCCAAAGUCGCGUUGAAGAGAAAGAUCUUGGUCAUGGGAAGUCGAAGUGUCGGCAAAUCAUCCCUAACCUCCCUCUACAUGCAAAACCAAUUCAACGACUCGUACUACCCUACGAUCGAGAGCACGUAUCACAAGGAUAUCGUACAUGAUGGGAUCACGUACGAGUGCGAGAUUAUCGAUACCGCCGGGCAGGACGAAUACUCCCUCUUCAACCACAAAUACGCAGUAGGGAUCCACGGGUACAUCCUCGUCUACUCGAUCGCGAGCCGCCAGUCCUUUGAGAUGAUCCAGACGCUGCACGACAAGAUCUUGGACUUCCAGGGGGUGGAGAAGGUGUGUUGUGUCGUUGUCGGGCAGAAGAGCGAUUUGGGCGGGGUGAGACAAGUCAAGACGGACGAAGGGAGAUCGGUAGCUCAGAAGCUGGGAGCUAGCUUUAUCGAGACUUCUGCCAAGGACAACAAGAACGUCCAACAAGUCUUCGACCUCCUCAUGGUCGAGAUGCGCAAAGUCUUCAACCCGCCGCAGGAGAAGAAGAAUGCCAGCGGGAAGUCAUCGGCCGGAGGAGCCGCUUCCUCGUCGGCUUCGGGGGGAAGUACCGGUGGCGGUUGGUUCUCGGGCUGGUUCGGAAGCAAGAAGUAAACGGGCGGGAACUGCAGCGGUAUCAAGGCUAGGGACUCGGACCUGGACUUGGUACAGCUUGCCUCAGGGUGGUUCUUGAUCUUGGCGAGCCGAGGAGGAGGAGCAGGAGGGCCUCGAUCGAUCUUUUCUCAUACACGGACAAUAGUCUUCCCCCCGGAUUUCUUCUCUUAGCGAUUUCUACUCGACUCGACUACAAUCUAUCUCUGUUGGCUCCUGGACGGGCACAUCUCGGAGGAAAACACUCGGACUCUACUCUGUCUUUCU